CUGAUAAAGAGUUUUCUGUGCAACUUCACAAACGCAAUCACUUCAGGUUAUCCAGCGGGAACGAAUGGAGCACCGAAUUUGGUUACACCCCUAGUGGAUUCCAACUGGAAAGAUCCUCAUGGAGUAGAUGGCUAUGCGUAUUACAUCGAUCAACCAACGACGCUACUACCGUACACAUACCACGUCAAGGCGUGGAGCACUUACCAGAACGAGUUACUGCAUGGCAUAAUUGACACAAUGAAUGCGUUCGCCGCAACACAAGGAGUUACUCUAGACCAGAGGCAACUACAGAAUGAUGCUGCUCAAAUCGUUAGCUUUGAUCAUCUCCUCGCGAUGACGUACAGUACCGAUGACACUACUCGUAGACAGUUUGAUCGCAGCUACAAUCCAAUGACCGCUCGUCAGCUGAUGAGCACUUAUCCCCAAAUUAGCUGGCACACGUUUCUAGGAGAAGCCGUUGGACCCGCUCUACACAUCAUGCAGCGAACAUUCAGUGAUCCGGACAUACAAGUAUAUUGUAAUGGAACCGGAGAAACUACAGGCGCUCAAUGA